CCCGUAUAAGUGUAAUUCAAGAAAAUGUUUUCUUCUCUGUGUCGUACACAUGCCCCGAGACUUAAUCGGAUGUUUGUUGCGAAACAAACAACAUGUCAAACUCCUGAAGACCAGUGUAAGCAGAAGCCGAAAACGGCAAUUGUCAUGCUCAACAUGGGAGGCCCACAGAACAUAGACCAGGUAGGAGACUAUCUUCUACGUAUUAUGACAGACAGGGAUAUGAUACAGCUGCCGAUUCAGGGCAAGCUAGGACCCUGGAUAGCUUCUAGAAGAACCGAAGAAGUCCAGAAGAAAUAUCUGGAGAUUGGAGGAGGAUCGCCCAUAUUAAAGUGGACUAACAGCCAAGGCACACUGCUAACAGAAUCCUUGGACAGAUGUCUGCCGGAGACGGCGCCGCACAAACACUACGUAGCAUUCAGAUACGUGCCUCCCUUCACGAACGAUGCGUUUGAUGAAUUAGAGAGGGACGGAGUCGAACGCGCAGUUAUAUUCUCGCAAUACCCCCAAUACAGCUGCGCGACCACUGGCUCUAGUUUAAAUGCGAUAGCUGAUUUUUAUAGGGGCAGGUCAAUCCCUAAAAACAUAAAGUUCAGCAUGAUUGAUCGCUGGGCGACACAUCCACUCCUAGCCAAAGUGUUCGCUGAGAGGAUCAGAGAGAAACUACUGGCCUUCGACGAUGACGUCAGGGAUGACGUGUUAAUAUUGUUCACAGCUCACAGUUUGCCGUUAAAGGCUGUGUCACGUGGCGACACAUACCCUCACGAGGUAGCGGCCACAGUCGCGAACACCAUGAUAGAGUUGAACCUGAAGAACCCUCACAGGUUGGUCUGGCAAUCCAAGGUGGGCCCGUUGCCAUGGUUACAGCCCUACACCGAUGACGCUAUCAAGGCAUACGCGAAACAAGGCAAAAGGCAUAUAAUCUUAGUGCCAAUAGCAUUUGUGAACGAGCAUAUUGAAACUUUACAUGAAUUGGAUAUAGAGUACUGUCACGAUGUAGCCAAAGAGGCUGGUAUAGUCCAUAUAGAGAGAGCAAGCACACCGAACGCACAUCCUACGUUCAUUCAAGCGUUGACGGAUAUCGUCGCGACGCAUUUGCGAUGCGGACCUGCCGUGUCCAAACAAUUCUUGACCAGAUGUCCUCACUGUGUGAGCCAACGUUGUCACAGCUCCAAGGAGUUCUUCAAGAGCCUCUGUUCAGAGGUUCCCUGCCGCGAUACCUACAUACCUUCCAUACCGACUAUCGUGAUGACCGAGCCAACCAAAACAUAAGUUUAAAUGUAAUAUAGUAGCAAAGGUUUUAAUACAUGGUUAUUUGGUGA